UCUGCUAAAUAGAUGAUACACCAGUUGUCAUAGGUCUAGUUGCCCUCAGCUUCAGAUGAAGACGAGUUCUCUCUAGGAUCACACCGCCGGAUGUGGUCGCCACGGUUCUCCAUGGGGCGGAAGGCCCUUCAGCUGGCUACUGCGGUCGUUGUCUUCCAAGUUCUUCUGCUCCAGGUCGACUGCAUCAGGACUAAGCUCAGAAAGCAGCGCUCGAAGCCGGUGCAAGCUCAACAACCUGUCAACGGGCAUUACGACUACGCGUACUAUGAUAACUAUGACGAGUACGAAGAUACAAACGGCACUGCACCGAUAUCUACUUCAUUACCUACCACUGCAUUCAAUCCUACCAGCUUGGGCAGAGAGGAAGCUUUGCCUACAGAUACAUCGGUUCCAACAACAACUCGUUAUUUUCGUCAAGGAUAUCCAGAUGAGAUUAAUGCGACUUCAGACAGAGAUAACCUGCCGUCAACAGAAAUCAUACCAGGCGAAAGUGGUCUGAUAAAUUCAGUUGCCGUGCCUGAACUCAGGGGCGAACCAGGUCGGCCAGGAGACGCCGGUCGUCCAGGCGACGUUGGAUAUCCUGGACAACCCGGAACACCAGGAAUUCCAGGUCCUCCAGGACCGCCUGGGUCUGUACCUGAUGUGUCAAUGUACUAUCAACAAUUGGCUUUGUCCCAAGGAAGUGAAGAUAAAGGGCCUACAGGAUUAGCAUCACCUUAUAUACAAACUCAAAUGGGCCCUGUUGGUCCACGUGGUCCACCAGGUCCACCUGGACUAUCAGGUCCGCAAGGCUUUCAAGGUGUACGAGGUGAGCCUGGAGAACCUGGAGCUGCUGGUCCUGCAGGUGCACCAGGCCCUCGAGGACUACCUGGUCUGCCUGGAAAAGAUGGAAACACUGGAGAAGAUGGAGAAUCCGGUCCUCCAGGAUCACCUGGUCCAGUUGGUCCAAGAGGUCUUCCAGGAUUGUCCGGGCUUCCAGGAAUUAAAGGACAUCGCGGUUUUCCUGGGUUAGAUGGAGCAAAAGGGGAGCAAGGUGUACAAGGAGAGAAAGGCUCUCUGGGAGCACCUGGACCAAUGGGUAUAAUGGGCCCAGUGGGCCCUGCUGGUCCACGUGGUGAACGGGGUAGAGAAGGUCCACCAGGACCUCCAGGAAUUAGAGGAGUAGAUGGAAUCCCAGGUCCUCCAGGACAGCCUGGUGCGGUAGGUAAAUCUGGCCCACCUGGUUAUCCUGGUAGUCCUGGUAUGAAAGGGGAUCAAGGAGCUCAAGGGCCAAAGGGAAGUCAAGGUUUACAAGGUCCACGAGGAGAAACGGGCCGCCCAGGACAACCCGGUGAAUCAGGUCCUCAAGGGCCACAGGGGAAAGACGGAAUUCCUGGAGAAAAAGGAAGUACAGGAUCACCAGGACUAGUAGGCACGCCUGGUUUUCCUGGAGCUCGUGGUCAACCUGGAAUACCUGGGAAUCCUGGUACCCCUGGAAUGAAAGGAAUGCCCGGACUUCCAGGUGAAAGAGGAUUUAGAGGAGACAGUGGAUCAAAAGGUGACGCAGGUGCUCAAGGUCCGCGAGGCUUACCUGGUUCUCCUGGAAAUGAAGGCAAAAGGGGAAAACGGGGAAUGCGUGGACCCAGCGGUUCCAUGGGACCUCCUGGAGAACGUGGAAAUCCUGGGGUACCAGGACCUCCUGGAAUUGAUGGACCUAUGGGGCCAAAAGGUCAAUCUGGAGACCGUGGGUUAGUUGGACCACCUGGACCAAAGGGUGGUAUAGGAGAUCCUGGACGUCCUGGACCAGCAGGAUUGCAGGGUACACGAGGUACAAUGGGUCGCCCUGGUGCCCCUGGAAAACCAGGUAAUCCAGGAGAUAGAGGAAUUCAAGGUGCCGAUGGAAAACCCGGUGAACAAGGCCCACCUGGUAUACAAGGUGUGCCUGGACUGAUAGGUCCUACAGGUGAAAAAGGAUACCCGGGUGAACCAGGUAAGGCUGGAGAACCAGGAAAUCCUGGACCACCGGGUCCUAGAGGUGACACAGGUAAGGAAGGAGCUACAGGUUCGCAAGGCUCACCAGGCCCAUCAGGAGCAGAUGGUGAACGAGGUCCUCCAGGUGCUCCUGGUGCUAGAGGUUUCCAAGGUUUUCCAGGAGCAGGUGGUAACCCAGGUACACCGGGUAAAGAUGGAGAACCAGGUGUACAGGGACCACCGGGUCCAGCUGGUGCAUCUGGUAAUAGAGGUGAACGUGGAUUUCCUGGUGAGAGGGGACAAGCUGGUGUACCAGGACUGCCUGGACCGAAAGGAGAACGGGGAACGCAAGGACUUGAUGGACCUUUGGGAUUUCCAGGAGAAAAGGGAGAUAGAGGAAAUCCUGGUCUUCCAGGGUUGAUAGGCAUACCGGGAUUGAGGGGUAUUCCAGGAGAAUCAGGUCCAAAAGGAGAAAGAGGAUCCACUGGUCCAUUUGGACCCGAAGGACCACCAGGACGAAUUGGAGAACGUGGACCACAAGGUUUAGUAGGUCCAACAGGUCCACCAGGGGAACCAGCUGAACGAGGCGACCCUGGUUCACCUGGUUCACCGGGAGAAGUCGGUGCUCCUGGUGCUCCGGGAGAAAGAGGACCGCAAGGAGUGCAGGGAUCGCCAGGAUUUCCAGGACCUCAAGGACUUAUUGGUUUACCAGGAUUGAAAGGCGACCGGGGUUAUCCGGGUUCGAAAGGAGAUCAAGGAAACUCUGGCCUUCCAGGUACCCCUGGUGAAACUGGGCCAAUGGGCUUGACUGGAUUGACGGGAGCUAAAGGAGUGAGGGGUGAACCAGGUCUUAGAGGAGAACCUGGUGCUAUGGGACAACCUGGAAUACCGGGAGCAGUUGGCGCAGCAGGUCCACCUGGCCCAAGUGGACCAUCUGGCUCUCCUGGACUACAAGGUAUCAAGGGUGCAGCUGGAGAAACAGGACGUACUGGAAGUACUGGACCAACUGGAUUCCCGGGAUUAUCUGGAGCGGAUGGAACCAAGGGCGAAAGUGGAUCUGAAGGACCUGCAGGUGCACCUGGCCCACAAGGCCCACAAGGUACUCCUGGCGAAAGAGGUAUACCAGGGUUUGCAGGACCACCUGGACCAGUCGGUGCUCGUGGAUUACGAGGUCCAUCUGGUGAGACUGGAGCACCUGGAAAACCGGGGUCAGAAGGUCCACAAGGACCUCCUGGCUUAAUCGGACCAAUAGGUCCAACUGGACCAACUGGAGAAGUAGGACCAGAAGGUCCCAUUGGUAAACCGGGAAUUCCUGGAUUAUCCGGCCGUCCUGGAGACAAAGGGCCACCUGGUAUUGCUGGACCAACAGGAUUACCAGGUCCACCAGGUUUACAGGGACAACCUGGUCAAGCAGGGCCUGCAGGAGCAGCUGGAGAAAGAGGCCCAAAAGGGGAAGCUGGACCGCAGGGUGUAGAAGGACAACAAGGGCUCAGAGGAAAACCUGGACCCAUAGGAUUAGAAGGACCAAAGGGUGAUCGCGGAGAAGAGGGCCUGAAAGGUUCCAAAGGACACAGAGGAUUUACUGGUCUGCAAGGUUUACCUGGAUCUAUUGGUCCAGCAGGAGAAAAGGGGCCUCCCGGUUCUCCAGGUGUACCUGGCAAGGAUGGAGAACCUGGCAUUAGAGGUAGUCCAGGAAGAGACGGUAGUCCUGGUCUGAUUGGAUUAUCUGGUAAUCCUGGUCCGAAAGGACCUCCCGGUGACGAGGGUCGUCAUGGACCACCAGGUUUGCCUGGUCCUCCAGGACCCCCAGGUCCACCGGGUGAAGUUGGAUUAGGAUAUGAUGCUGCCUCCUUAGCUGCUCUUUUAUCACAAGGUCAAACUAAAGGUCCAGACCCACUAUUAGGCGAUGAACCACCUAGAAUAUUUAGUAAAGAUAUAUCAGAAGAAGAAAGACGACAACUCAUAUUAAAAGCAUACAAACAUUUAAGUUCAUCUUUCAAGAAGUUUGUUAAACCAGAUGGUGAAAAGAAUUCUCCAGCUAAGACAUGUAGGGAUCUUUACGUUGCCUAUCCAGAUAAACCUUCAGGAGAGUAUUGGAUAGACCCAAAUGAAGGUGAUGCUAGAGAUGCAAUUUUAGUGUAUUGUGAUGCUAAAAGACGUGCAACAUGUUUACUGCCAAACCCAGUACGUUCCCCAGAAAUUACAUACAUCACUGAUCAAGUUGAAACUUGGUUAAGUGACAUUGAAAAUGGAAUGAAGAUUACUUAUAAAACAGACAGUAAUCAAGUUGGGUUCCUACAAUUAUUAUCAAAGAGUGCAUCUCAAAAUAUAACAUACCACUGUAAAAAUAGUGUAGCGUACUUCGAUUCUGAACGAAAAACAUACAGAAAGGGUAUGAAACUAUUAUCAUGGAAUGAUGCUGAAUUAACACCACGUGGAAAUCAACGCCUCAAAUAUGAAAUGAUAAUGGAUGAUUGUAAGCUACGUAGCGAAGAAUGGGGCAAAACUAUAAUCUCAUAUGAAACUGAUAAACCUAUAAGGUUGCCGAUAAUAGAUAUUGCUCUAAGGGACAUUGGGAAACCUGAGCAAAGUUUCUAUGUUGAAAUUGGGGCUGCUUGUUAUGAGUAACAAAAUGUAUUAAGUACUGUGACAUUUUCAUUGAAACAACUUUUUUAUAUUUCAAUAUACGCUGCUCAAAAGAUGUAACUCUUUAAAUUCAGGCAUGUGGUCUAUUAUCUUGAAAUAGUACUACUGCUACUGCCUACAACAAGAGUUUUAUUGUAAUCGUAAAAUUUAAGAUAUUUAUGCAUCAUAUUUAAUACAUUUUUUACACUAAAACUGUUAUAUCAUUACUACCUUGCACACAACAAGUAAUAUUAUGAAAUAGUAUAACUUAAAUGUAAAUGUAUGUAAGAAAUAUGAUAUGCGGUGUAAAUACCCAAGUUUGUAAAUCCUACUAAUAUUAAGGAUAGUAAUUCUACUUAUAAUUAUAGCGCCAUAAUUUAAAUGUAUCUAUCAUGUUACAUUUAAAUUAAUACAUUUAUUAAAAAUAAAUAUAAUAAUUUUUUCACGCA